AUGGAAAAUCCAACCUCAUUAAUUCUACAGAUUAAUCAACCGCCCCCACGCAGUUUCGUCAGUCUUGUUCAGGAUGGCAUGGGCCGUGCUGAGCGCAUCAUCAAGGCCGUCAUGUUGCCAAUCGGCGUUGCUAACCAGCCUUCCACUGCUACCGCUACCUCAAUGCUACCUUCCCAGCCCUCUGCCGGCACGGGGACUAGCGCAGGUGGUAACAUACCUGAUCAGUUUCCCUUGGGCACUGUUAACUCCUCUGCCCUCGGACACGAGACUUCAACACACGGCUCGGGUCACACCGAUGGCGGACAGAUUGCUAACAGCAUGACAACAGGAUCAGUGGGUGGAGGCUCCAGCAGCUUCGUCAUGGGUCGUGUUGACAGCCGCGCUGCUAGUGCAUUUGUCUCUAGUUUUCGUCAGCUCCUCCCUGACGCUGACUUCAAUGAACUGCAGAAAAUUCUGGAAAUGAAAGUAAAUCAAAGAGAUCAUAGGAAGGACGUAUCGCUUGUUUAA